AAAAAAUCUAAAUAAAUGGGUGUUUCCGUUUUCAUGGCACUGUAUACGGAAGAGGAGAGACAAAGAGGAAACAGAAAGGGAAACACACAACAACAAAAAAAAAAAAAAAUUCCAUUAUCGAUCCUUUCAGCUUGUUCUCAAAGGGUAAAAAUUCUAGUUCGUCCUUCGAUUUUUCUAUGGUUGAUCGGACGCGCUAGGAUUCGAGAGGGAAGACAAAUGGCGAAUCGAAUAGACCAUGAGUACGAUUACUUGUUCAAGAUCGUCCUCAUCGGCGACUCCGGUGUCGGCAAAUCCAACAUCCUCUCCAGAUUCACCCGAAACGAGUUCUGCCUCGAGUCCAAAUCCACCAUCGGCGUUGAAUUCGCCACCAGGACUCUCCAGGUCGAAGGCAAAACAGUGAAGGCUCAGAUUUGGGAUACGGCAGGGCAAGAGCGUUACCGAGCCAUCACGAGCGCGUACUACAGAGGAGCCGUCGGUGCUCUCCUCGUCUACGACAUCACCAAGAGACAGACCUUCGAGAACGUCCUGAGGUGGCUGCGCGAGCUCAGGGACCACGCCGAUUCCAACAUUGUGAUCAUGAUGGCUGGGAACAAAUCAGAUCUAAACCACCUGAGAUCCGUUGCCGACGAAGAUGGUCGGUCUCUGGCUGAGAAGGAAGGUUUGUCGUUUCUGGAGACGUCUGCUUUGGAAGCGAGUAACAUCGAGAAAGCGUUUCAGACUAUUUUGUCGGAGAUUUAUCAUAUCAUAAGCAAGAAGGCCUUGGCGGCGCAAGAAGCUGCGGGUAAUCUUCAGGUUCCGGGGCAAGGUACUGCCAUUAACAUAACGGAUUCGUCUGUGGCUAAGAGUAAAGGAUGCUGCUCUACCUAGUAGUAAUGACUAAUCAAUCACACGUUUGAUUUCAAGAAUCUCUCUUUUGUUAUUUUACCUUUUUUUUUUUUUUUUGGUUAUUGGCUUUAAUUUCAGCGAGUAUAGCAUAUGCCUUUUUGCUUCCCAGUUCUAUUUUAUUUUUUGGUUUUAUGUUACAGAUUGAAGCUUGUUUAGCUGUACUGAAACUGUGGUCAUAUUCCACAGUAUUAGCUCUUGGCUAGCUUUGAUUGUUUCACAUAAGAGGCAAGAGUUUCUUAAAACAAGCGAGGAGAAAAUCUCUGAACAUCUUAAAAUGUACCGACAACAAAAGGAAUAAAAUAAAAAUAUGGGGACCACUAAAAAAAUGAGGGAGAGGGCGAUGCGCACGAGGGGCUCCGUGUGAAUUUAAAUUUACGAGUUACGGGUCAAAAAGGUAAAAAAUAAAAAGUUAGGUGGAAUACAAAAGAAAUAUCAGACUCGCUCCAGAUUUGUUGUUUUGUUUUUUUUUGCGUUCCGUGACAGUCUGUUGUUUGUUUCACUCGUGGACACUCUCACAUCACACCUCUUUCUUGCUCUACAUCUUCCCCAUCUUUCUCUCUCUCUAGAUCCAUCAAUGGCUUCCCUCGUCUGGCAGUACCUCGUGACACAUUUUAGCGACUUUCAACUGGCAUGCAUUGGGAGUUUUCUCCUCCAUGAAAGUGUGUUUUUCUUAUCAGGACUCCCUUUCAUUUAUCUUGAAAGGCAAGGCUUUCUCACCAAGUACAAGAUUCAGG